GAGUGGUGGGCGGCUACAUCUGCGGCGGCGGCGCAGCCGUGGCCCCAUGGAUUUCUAUUGCCGGUGGGCGGCGGUGCGGCGGUGCGUCGUGUGUGCUCAACGCCUCCGGCGCAGCUACAUCUGAAAAUCGAAUCUGCGGCCCUGGGCAGCAUUUUAGAGCUGGCGAAGCCAUGACGAUGGACAGGCUGCCUAUCUUCCUGGAUGAAGCCUGCAGCGCGGCGGCGCUGAUGGAGUUGGUUGGCGCGGCAGGCCGCGGGGAGGCAGAGUCCGGCAAUGGAUCUCGCGAGGCGGUCGUGUGUGGAUUUGGGGGCAGUUCUAGGGUCCAGGCUGCGACCAUGUGCUACGAGGUGAGCAAGUGUUGCCGCUGGUGGUGGCGCCGUAUCCUGAUUCAGCGAGAGCGAGGGCGACAAAGCUGAAGCCAUUGAACAUGGAUUCACUGUGCCACCUGUUGAUGUGGACCGGGAGGCUAUGAUUCAAGAUCGAACAGAGAGUCAGAGAGUGCUGAUGGAGGCUCUGCCCAAUCUACUGGCAAGGUUGCUCCCCAAAGCACCUGGUUAGACCAAGAGGUAAUCCAAAUUUCAUAGAAUAGCAAAUUAUUAUUCUUGCCUGAGUAGGUGCGGCUGAAUCAUGGGCCAUGAGUUUUGGUAGUGUGAUGUAUCAAAAUGUUAGGGAACCAUUCUUUUGGCGUGAUUAGGAAAAUUAGAUUGGCAAAAAUGAACUAUAGUAAAGUGGAUUAUGGUGAGAGAAAUGAAAAAAAAGUACUUGUGUUUUUGCUGUGAUUCAGUUGAACUAGUUAGUUGUCAGAGGAUGAACAAAUGCAGUAUUAGUUUCUAGCCAUGAGUUUUUUAUGUCUUUCUUUUGCAUGACACAAGGUCAGGGUCGGUAAUCAGCCACCCGAUAGGGCUCCCUAUCCUGAAAGAGUCGGCGCCCUUGAACAAUUAGGGGGUAUGCAGAGUUAGGAGAGAGUGUAGUUGAGCCUGCGAUCGGUUUAACUUUUGAGUCAUUGGGCGAAGCUAAUGAUUUUUACAACAUGCACUCGUGGGAGCAUGGUUUUGGCAUAAGAUAUGGAAAGAGUAGGAUGAAUGCAGAGAAGACAAAAUGUAUGCAGGAAGUCGUUUACAGCUGCUCUGGGAAACCUAUAAAAGGGAACAACAGGUUGUGCCGCUGUGAGUGUCCAGCAAUGAUCCGCCUGGAUGCCCGAUGCACAUGUUUGUGAGGCACUACAUGAGGUUGCAAUUUUCUAGAGAUUCAAAAGAAAGCUAUGAAGAGAAGAGGACAAGAACAAGUGGUGUUGUGCACACGAGCAAGAUUUACACGAGGGUAAUGUUCGACCAGUUCGGCGAGCUGGUGUACAAGGCCAACGCAUACAACAUUGAAGAGGUUGAGAAGCUGAAGCUGUACAAAGCGGUGUACACUCAAGCAGAGAGACGGUAGAAAUGGGCCAGGGGUGUAUAUGAUGAAAAGAUCCUGAACGAUGGGGACAAGUUCGAGUGUGAGUGUGGGUUGUUCGAGCAUACGGGGAUGCCGUGCCGCCACAUGCUGAAGGUCAUGGACAUUUUUGGUUAUAUGGAGAUACCCCAACAAUUGAUCGUGAAGAGGUGGACAAGGGACGCGAAGGCACCAUUAGAGGGGUUGAGUAAGCAAACGCGGUUUUGCAGCAUUUGCAAUGGGAAAGGCCAUAAGAAGACGACCUGCCCAGACGGUGAUUUGCCGAAGCAACCAAGGAAGGAAGUGAAGUGUAGCAACUGUGAUGUGGCUGGUCACAAGAGAAUACCUGCACCAACCCUGAGGGUGUCAAGCUGUAAACAGCGCCUGCAACCAACAGCUAGAGGCGCGAGUCCUAGUACCAACAAGAGUGAGAGUGGAGUUGUGAAUUGGUCGAGAGCGCCCUCCAUCAGCUGGCCAAGCUCAGGUGUGACCUUAGUCUUGGUGUGGAAGACUGACAGCGAUGCUUUCUAUCAGUCCGAGGGCUCGGCUGAUGGUGGUGUUAGUCAUGGGCUGGAAUGAAUUGUCUGAAGCGGAAUGGGCAUCAGACCUUGAUUAUGAGUACAUUGCUACAAUGAUAACAGAGGAGCACACGGGGCCACGGGGGUCAGGAUUGAAGCAUGCCAAGAAGGUGGGCGACGGCAGCACGGAGGGGUGGGGUUCUGUCGGUGGACGACCGUUAUGUGGCGUUGGUACAUGACCGUUGCCACCAUCUGUACCACGAGCGGGUCCCACAUGUUGC